AUGUGUCGCUCCCAACCAAACAAACACUCCUCGAAGAAUCCAGCUGCGCCCCGCAGAUUGGUUCGUCGUCCCGUUCGCCGCAGCGACAAUCGAUCGGUUCGUGCUCGUGUUCUCGAGGCGAUACAAAAUGCACCGUUGUUGCGUGCUCGCAUGCUCGAGGACCUAGAACGACGGGCUGCCCAACGACGGGCUGCGCAACUGAAGGCUACCUCAACUCAUCACGGGAUCCCACCAGCAGUGGUGCUGGCUAUACAGGAGGCUGUCGAUGCCUUCGUUGUUAGUUUUUUUGAAGACGCCAGCAACCGUGCCGCAAACCAAGACGCAAACGAUGGAAACACCAACAACACACUCUGA